UUUCUAUUAUCGUUGCCAUUCGAAAUAAGACCAGUUCUCGCUCAUGAUAUAAUGAAUGAAGAAAUACCGCUAACUGAAUUUUUUGUCUUAAAUGUCAUCGAGAAAAAGAAACUUGGUGAAAUUUUAAAAUAUUUGCCACAAAUGCCAACUUGGGCGAAUCAUUUGAAGCGCAUCAAAUCUGGAAAUGUUUUAAUUCAACCAUUAUCAUUUCCAAUCGAUGAAAUUUUGCGACUUAAAUUGAUUAACGUAUUCGGUGAAAUUUUUACCUUCGAAAGAGUUCUUGUUCCUUCUAGGAAACCAAUUACGAGGCAGCAGUUUACUUGGGCAAAACAAAGAUGGCCUGUCGAAUUCCAUCCUAAUAAAAAUGUUGAAGCCAUGCUUAAUGGUACUUUCUUCGACAAGAAACAGCAAAAAGAGAUUAUCAACUUUUUUCUGGAAGCAGAGAAGGUUGGUAAUGGUGGUCCAGGUUGUUUAAUGGUCGAUCUUGAAGGAAAAGUGGUCGCUAAAAGUAAUACUUUGCAAUAUCUUGGUACUGGAUUUGAUGUCUAUUUGACAGAGGAGCCUUGCUCGAUGUGUGCUAUGGCACUGGUUCACUUUCGAGUUAGUCGAGUAUUCUUUUGUCGGCGAAUUCCAAAAGGUGCCUUAGAAUCGUCGUGGAGAAUACAAGAGGAAAAGCGAAUAAAUCAUCAUUAUCAAGUUUUCAGAAUCGAUGAAGUUUUAUAA